UUCGAUUAAUCGAUUAGCGGUGAUAACAAUUUGAGUUUAGCUCGCUCGCACGGCCUGGAAACGCGAAGCAACAAGAGACGAACGCUUGCACUCUGGUAAUACGGUAAAUCGAUCAUGAAUUCCUACGCGCAUCGCUUUCCGUGGAUCCAACGGACCUCGCGAAAUAUCGCGAGUCAAUAUCUCCUUUGAGUUGGUAAAGGAAACUGAAUGCGCCACAAAUGUACUUAAUUUUUUUAUGGAAUUUUGGAGCGAUAAUCGAACAAUUUUUGAUGCGAGUAAAAUUAACAAUUAAAUCGAUCAAAUUAGAUUAAAUAAAAUUAUAGCAUAGUAUUUCUCUUAUUAAUUGUAUCUUACAAAAAAUUUAUUUUCAUAAUUUUCAAAAUGUAAAAUGUUCACACAAAAUUAGUCAUAUAACGUAAUGCUAAGUAUAAUUAUCAUCUCUUAUAAAAAUUGACCAAUGUAAUAUUAAUUGACUUAUUUAUACUGGAUUGAUUAAUUCCUAUGAAAAAUUUUCAGCAGUUACCGUUGAAAAUAACAGAUAAUAAAAUAAUUAUAAAGUUUCAUUUUUAAACGAUUUUUAUUAAUAUCUGUUAACAAUCGUAACAUAAUUAGCUUAAGAACUGAAUUGUAAUUAAUACCCUGUUUUUUUUCUAAAGGCUACCGACAAUUCUCUACUAAAUACCGAGUUAAUCAUCUGGUCGAUAAAUUACAAAGCUAUCAUAGUACAGUAUCACAUUUUUCUUCGCCAGUUUCAAAGCUUUUUACUUUAAAAAUUUAAGUGAUUCACCGAUAGACUAAAAAAAACGUUAAAUAAUAGCGACGCAAUCAUGCAAUUAAAGGAAACCAGUUUUAUCACAGUUGCCUUUAAUCCAGAUUAGUAUAAUUUUCUUUUCCUAUUUAUAUCACAGAUAUAAUUAUAAUAUAAAAAUAAGAUGUUUAUUAACCUAAAACGAUAGUUUAUCACAAAUUCUGAUUUUAAAUUCUACUAAUCUAAUUGAAGUAAUUUAACAUGAUCAAUUGCCAUUUCUUCGUUUUACUCAUGUCUUCUAAAUUUGCUUUCGACGCGAACCAUGAGAAUUAAACGGCGAACACAAACUUCUGGCGUUUUGGGAGAAAGUCCGUUUGUAUCGGUCGAUAGGCGACUAAAGCAGGAUGAAGUGGCUACGUGCGAAGCACGAUCGAUGGGCGCAAAGGCUUGAGAUAUUUCAGCGGCGAGUUUCGAUGCGCGAUAAAAGUAUCUAUCUCGAAGACACAUCGGCGAAGGCAAGGCGAGAGAGAAGGCGAGAGGGAGAUAAGGGUAGGAAGGGAAAAAGGGAGAAAACCGCGUGGCUGACGCGGCGGCGACGAAGAGUGGCCACCCUUUGAAAUUCACGAGCGCACGGAGAACACGUAUACCCUCGGCCACCCCCCUCCCCCCCUCUCUCUCUCUCUUUCUCUCUAGCGCAACUUUUCCCUUUUUUUUCUUUUUCUUCUUCCUCUUCGCGCGUGGACGGACGUGUGGAGAUCCGAUCGAUCGAUCGAAGCGAGCCGCGCACUCGAGUUUUCCCUGACCUAAGAAUACACCGGCUCGAGUGCCGUGGAGGAACCCAGGGUGGAGUGGACUUCAGAAUGGACCAGAGUGGGGAUCGAGCGAGGAGAGAACCCCGCCCCCGUUUAAGCAACGCCGGACAACGAUGACUGCGGAUUUUGUCUCUUCUUUCUUACUCGCAUUUGCUCGGACUUGCGCCUCGCUCCGGUACUUUCUUUGCUGCUCGCGUUCCACGUACCGGAGAACACCACGAGUAGCAAAAAAGAGAGACGAAGAAAAAGAGAAAAGAAAAUAGAGGGAAAGGAAGAAAGAGAGAGAGAGAGAGAGUGAGAGAGAGGAGAAAAGACAAUUUUCCUCUUGCUGUGAAGACAACGGAAUGACCGAUUUGAUUUCGGGUUUGUUGUAACGGCACGCCGAUUGCGAUACGCGAGAAUUCGCACGAAAGGGUCGCCCACAAGCGUUAUCGUGCCGCGCGAUAACCCUCUCGUGCGGAACGAGCGUCGGGGAUGCAAAUUCGACGUCGAUGUUCGUCGGCGUCGUGGUCGUCGCGUUGCGUGACGCCGAGCGAUUAGAUUAGAACUCGACGACGGCGGUUCGCGGAUUUUCUUCCCCCUUUUUUUUUUGUUUCAUUUUCAAGGGGCGGUGCAGUUGACGGAUCAAUUACGUUAUCGUGGAUCGUCAAGUUUCUCUCUCUCGAAAGUUACCGGGCUCGUCGGAGUCUCUCGUGGAAACGAGCCGAAUGAUGUUCAAUUGACGAAGACGGCGCAGCGCUAGGAAUGGCCCCCUUCAGUUCCGUCUUCCUGGGUGUCUGGGGAGUGUUUGUUGCCAUUUUGAUAAAAGAAUCGACACCCGUUAGCUGGGAGGAAUGGUGGACAUACGACGGUAUUUCUGGUCCUGCCUUCUGGGGUCUCAUCAACCCGGAAUGGUGGCUCUGUAACAAAGGUCGAAGACAAUCACCGGUCAAUCUCGAGCCUACUCAACUGCUUUUCGACCCGAAUCUACAACCGCUUCAUCUGGACAAGCACAGAAUCAACGGCGUACUGGCGAACACCGGCCAUAGCGUCGUAUUCGCCGUGGAGAACGACACCCGCCAUCCCGUCAACAUCUCCGGCGGUCCACUCAGUUAUCGUUAUCAGUUUCACGAGAUUCAUCUGCACUUCGGCGCGGACGAUCGUAUCGGCAGCGAGCACACCGUCGAUGGACAUGCAUUCCCUGCCGAGCUUCAGAUAUUCGGGUUCAACUCGCAGCUCUAUAACAAUUUCUCGGACGCCCUGCACAGGGCGCAGGGGAUCGUGGCGGUGUCGCUUCUCUUGCAGGUGGGCGACCUCUCGAACCCGGAGCUGAGAACGUUCACGCAGCAGCUGGAUAAAAUCAAAUACGGAGGGCAGGCCAUGGAAAUUAAACGUUUCGGGGUGCGCGAACUUCUGCCGGACACGAAGCAUUACAUGACGUACGACGGCUCCACCACGAUGCCAGCGUGUCACGAGACCACCACAUGGAUCAUCCUCAACAAGCCUAUAUACAUCACCAAGCAGCAGCUACACGCUUUGAGACAGUUAAUGCAAGGCGAUGAAAAGCAGCCAAACGCGCCGCUUGCAAAUAACUUUAGACCACCGCAACCCCUUCAUCAUCGUCCCGUUCGGACGAACAUUGAUUUCAAUGUUCAGGGUCCGAAGAAUUGUCCGACGAUGAACAGGGAUAUAUAUUACAAAGCCAAUACCUGGAAAUAAUACCCAGCACUGCCGUGAGGUUCGACGUUCACAGUAACUACGCUUCUCCCUGGAACGAGCUGGAACUUUGCUGUAAGAAAAAAUUGACAUAUCAAUUACAGGCGGAUAACGCCGAGUCAUACAAAAAAUUACGGCAGAUAGAACGCGCGAAGAAGAUGACCGACGACGCCCAUGUUCGAGGUCGAGAUUUAAAAAAAAUGCUUCGUUGUACUUAUUAGACGUGAAUUGCCAAGUAUGUUUCCAGUUAAAUCAGAAGAAGAAAACCAAAUAUACCUAUAGAUCACAAGUUAGACGAGGAUAAGCUAAUCGUAAGAUCUAUUAUUAUAUAUAUAUAUAUAUAUAUAUCGGUAAAUAUCGAAAAAAGCUAUGACUAUCGUGGCCUGCGCGGGGGGUUGAGAGAUGCAAUUAUAUGUAUAAAAAUUCACGCGCAAUGGAGAGCGCUAUCGCGAGCAAAAGUUUAUACUAUAUUCUUGUAAUAAAAGUUGGAAAAAACGCAGAAAACGAGAUGUUUUCCUGCGGCUUUACUCA